AUGGAUGACUCUGGCGCACAGCCAGACAUCCUGGUCACCUUGGAGGAGGCUGGCAUACGCACCCCGUGGCAGGCCGCGCUUGCCUUGCAGCAGGUGGGCGGCGAAUCUGGCUACCGAUACACCGAUAAGUCAGCAGAGCAACGGUGGCUCUUUGCAGAAAGCGCUGCGCGCAGCAGCCCCUGCAAUGGACGCCCGGUGGGCAACCUGGCAAAAGGCGGCAGCAUGUCGCGCGUUGACUUGGCCAUCCGGGAUGCUGUCAGAAGCAUCGAGCGCGGGAUAGGUGGCCCCGCCCUCAAGGACGGGUUCAGGUUCGAGCAAGUGACUUUGUCGUUGGAUUCAAAGUCAGCCACAAAGAAGGCCGCCAUCUUCACCCUCGGUGUCUGGUUCCUCUUGAGAGAGAUCGAGUUGGCGGCGUUGCAGGUAAAGCAUGUAGCGGUUGACGAAGCCAACACGAUCGUGACCGUCUCCUUAUCUUGCAGCAAGAUGGACACAGUGGAACAGAGUGUCCAUCGGAGUCACAAGUGCUACUGCAGCUACGUGCCUGCCGUGCUGUUCCACGCCCGCGGCAACCACUAUGAGGAGAUGUCCAAGGAGGAGACCAUUUCCAUCAUACGCGAAGUUCUGGGAGCAUCAAACAUCCCUCUCCUCAGGCGGGGCGCGCCUCUGUCGUUCAUCGUUCUGAUGGGACUGCGGGGCAGUCGAGCAGUGGAGAGGUACGUCCAGGAGGCCCAGUUGGAGGACCAUCCUGAGGAGACCUCAGACCAGCCGAUUUUCAACCUGGCAGCCAUGCAGCGUAGCGUCCAGGUAGUGGAGCUCAGCGAGCCCCCGCCCGUGCGGCAGCCUAGAAUGACCGACUUCAACCCCGAGCUGGCAAAGAUUUUGGACGACGUGGCAAUGCCGGAGGACGUCCGCAAGUACUUGUCAGACCUGCCAGCGGGGUGGUGGGCGACGCAGGUGUUCGAGGGCGCAACAGUGGGAGGCGCAAAGCGGCGCUUUCCACAGCAGCAGCUUCUUGGAGCAGAGGCGAUCCUGGGAAAAAUGGUCUUCGAAGCCAAGACGGAGACGCAGACGGUCCAAGAGCCCGCCACGGAGAAGCCUGCCAGGAAGCACAACACCGACCAGGCGAGUGACAGUUGGCAGCCUGAGCCCCGCAGCUGGCAGUCUUGGUCGCACUCGGGCAAUGCUGGCAAGGACAUGCGCCAGUCCUGGCCACAACGCCAGGACAAGGAGUAG